AUGGUCUGGGGAUCUAAGCAGUCAGAGGUUACCAGGGGCCACAUCUUCUCCAUCACCUGCUCCAUUCAGCUACAGUAUCCCGGGGGCCUCUUCUAUCUGGACUUCUCUGGGACCAACAGGACUGAGACUAAGCCAGCAGUCAACCACUCUGCCUCCUUUCACUUCCCUGUUGCAGAGUAUAAACAUGAGGGGAACUACAGCUGUAGCUAUGAAGUCAACGUUACCACCCGAACCUUUCAUUCUACUAGAUCAGAGUUACUGACAGUCAGCAUUCAAGCCUCUCCAGCCCUCGUUACUGUUUCUGGCACAGCAGUUGGGAUUCUUCUCCUACUGAUACUGGUGGCCGUUUCCUGUGUGGUCUGGAGGAAGAGGAUGAACAGACCUCCACCCAUGACCAUGUCCCAAAGACAAUGUGGAAAUUGUGAAGAUGAAAAGGACUACAUCAACAUGGAAACCAUUGACAACCAAAGAUAUGACGACCUGGAGACAAGAUACUGUGCAGGACGGACCGCUCCAGGAGCCACAACCAGAGUUGGAAAUAAUGAAGAUAGAUCAAAGGCUACAGAGACCAUAUAUGAAAUUCCAGAUUCAUUCACAGAGAUGGCCAUUGCUGAUGAAAGUGGGAAUGACUAUGAAGAAGAUGAAAACAUUUAUGAAAAUUUGGGCUGAGCUCUUUUUUAUAAUAUUUUUUACCAUUAUUUAACCUGGUAAGCCAAUUGACAACCAAUUCUUAUUUACAAACUGUCCAAAGCCAUAACAACUGCAAGAAAAUCCUUAAUAGCAUAUGAAUAUAAAAAAUAAACAAUCAAUUAAAGUUAAAAACAACAAAAAUAUAAUAAUAUACGUUUUCACAUCAAUAAAAGUGGGUAUGGUGCUGUUCACUGUAGUUAACAAUUUGAGUUUGAAUGAGCAGUGACAGGUAUCUACGGGAGUGCAGAUUUCUGUUGGGUUGGCUGAUAUUUGGGAACAAACUGAGGUAAGGCAGGGAUUUGCUUAAGAAGGACUUGUAGAUGCACUUGGUGGGACAUUUUGUUUUAUCUUAAAUGUAAGUGUACUAGCAUUUUGACAUAGAAAAUGCAUUUCUGCAUUACAUGGUUUAAAAACUGUUAAUUUUGUGUGAUUUGUUAAAUUGGGUUACCUUUUAUCAAUGAAUAGGUUUGGAAUUUGGAGUUCCACCAAAUAUUUAAAAAUUACUAUCACAUAUCACAUUGACUAAGAUAUUUGGCAAAUAUAUAUAUAUACACACUCACCUAAAGGCUUAUUAGGAACA